UCCCGGGAGGGAUGAGGUGGCUAGGGCUUCGUGUUCCUUCCCUGUGGGCUCGGUGCGUGGUGACCUUGGCAAGUGACUUUAUGUUCUCGAGCCUCAGUUUACUGCGAUGUAAACGUGGCUUAGUAACAGUAGCGACUGUUGAGCGAGUUUGGUGAAAUUUGGCUACUGAGGGCUUUAUUAACACAGGGCUUGGCACGAAGUGAAUGCAUAAAAGUUAGUCCAUGUUGUUAUCAAAGGUAGCGUUGAGCGCUCGACUUGGUCCUGGGGCCCAGGGUCUGGGCGCAGCAUUAGAACAGCUAUUAACCUUGUGUGCCUGGCCCCAGAGAGGUGGAGAAGAGCGAGUGCUUGAGAAAGAAGAGGAGGAAGAUGAUGAAGAUGAUGAGGAUGAGGAUGAGGAUGAUGUGUCAGAAGGUUCCGAGGUGCCCGAGGGUGACCGUCCUGCAGGUGCCCAGCACCACCAGCUUAAUGGCGAACGGGGCCCUCAGAGUGUCAAGGAGAGGGUCAAGGAGUGGACACCCUGUGGACCCCACCAGGGCCAAGAUGAAGGGCGGGGGCCAACGCUGGGGAGCAGCACCCGCCAGGCCUUCUCCAUGGCAGCCAUGAAUAAGGAAGGGGGAUCAGCCUCUGCUACCACUGGGCCAGACUCCCCGUCCCCCGUGCCUUUGCCCCCAGGAAAACCAGCCCUACCUGGGGCUGAUGGGACCCCCUUUGGCUGUCCUUCCGGGCGCAAGGAGAAACCCGCAGACCCCGUGGAGUGGACUGUGAUGGAUGUGGUGGAGUAUUUCACCGAAGCUGGCUUCCCUGAGCAAGCCACAGCUUUCCAAGAGCAAGAAAUCGACGGCAAGUCUUUGCUGCUCAUGCAGCGCACAGAUGUGCUGACCGGCCUGUCCAUUCGUCUCGGCCCAGCCCUGAAAAUCUAUGAGCACCACAUCAAGGUGCUGCAGCAAGGCCACUUUGAGGAUGACGACCCCGAUGGCUUUCUAGGCUGAGUGCCCAGCCUCACCCCUGCCCCUACCCAUUCCAGCCCCCAUUUCACCCCAAGCCCCCCAGAGUCCAGGAGCUUCUGGAUGGGGACACCCUCAGCCCUCAUGACAGAUUCCAGUGAGGGGGCACCUUCCCUACUCAUCUCUCUGUGUACCCCCCACCCAGC